CCGAUUUCGCGCCUCUCUCUCUCUCUCUGCCAUCGCUGUAUCCUCUGCCCCGUGCAUAGAGUCGUAAGUUUGGAGAGAGAAAGGUCGAAGAUGGCCACGGACGAUCCUCUCGAUUUCGAGUCAGAAGACCGACUUCUCAAGUCCCCCGCUCUUACUAAAAGAAGGAAGAAAGUCAUAGGCCUGGAUGAUCUUGUGAAUGAUUACUUGAAGGAAAAUAAAAAGCAGGAGAUGAAAUCAAAACAGGCAAAGGCUCAAAAAAACUAUUUUUCUGAUGAGGACGACGACAUCAGAGAAGCCAAACUGUCUGAAUGUGUUGAAAAAUGUCAACAAGAGAUGGGACAAAUAAGUGGCGAGGAAGAGAUCUGCUUGUGGGGUCUUCAAGUUUUUGGUAACCAGAAAACUUUGCCGCAGUUGGCGUUUCAUGAGCUUGGAGGCUGCGGGCUUUUGCAAUCUUUCAUGCACAAUGAGCUCAAUUCACUGGUUGAACUUGACAUUAACAAAGGAGAAGCGUUCCUUGAGAGCUUGUUAGUUAAUGGAUGGCUCUUGAAAUUGCUUGAUGCAUGUGGUCAUGUGGAGAAAUCCAUAGCAACAUGGACAUAUAAUUUGAUGUUAUACUCAGUGCGGGAAGUGCUUAGUGCAUCUGCUUGCGACUUCUGGAUUUCUAUUCUCUCACCUAAGGCCAAGAUUAAAAUUGACUGGUUACCAAACUAUUCUGAAAUAAAAAGAGCUCUUGAAAUUUAUGGUUUUCGAUCGGAUUUUCCAUCCAGGUUUUCAUCCGACGUGGAAAUGGUCAAUGCUGAUUCUGACUGUGGGGGGCCACCUCAAAAUAUUAGAGCUUGGAUCAUGUAUGUAGCUGCUUGUUUUCGAGUAAGAAAACAUUCAAUCAUCUCAACUUCAGAAGCAGAAGAGUUGGUUGUUAUGCUCAUCUAUCUUUUCUUAGAUCGGCAGCUUCUAGGCUUGUCUGUGAUUUUACAUGAGUGCAUGCUUUCAGCUAUUAGUUUCUUCACUGACAAUGAAUGGAAUACCAGCUCUGAGGAAGUAGCAAAAUCUAUCGCUUUCAGAGUACCAAAGGACAUGAACUGCUUGAGAGCUGUGGAGAGCAUUUCGGGAGUUGAUGCACGUAGCAAACAACUAAGGCAGGCAGUGGCCUUCCGAAUCCUUGUAGCUUGUUUGGAUAUCAAGGCUACUGAUGCAGAGGAGAUCCUGAGAUUUCUUAACUUGAUUAAUGUAAAAGACAAAAGUUGUGAUCUCUUCAAGAUCUAUAUUUACUUAGUUCUGACCGAGAACUGGCUUUUAUAUAACCCUACGCUCGAAGAUAAGCCAGUUAUACACAAAUUGUGGGGUGUUUAUCUACGCCACUGUUCUUGCCAGAUUACCAGCACGGAUCUGAGGACUUAUGCAUCAAAGGUCCGUAGUAAAGCUUCAUAUCUUCUGCAAGGAAUCAACAACAAAUGAGUACGUACGUGUUCUCCUAACCUGUUACAUCCUCCUUGUAGGAUGCUAAUGGCUUGGGUUGAUCAACUUGCUAAUCUGCUACUGUUGCUUUGCAUUUACUUAAAACCUGGUUGAAAUUGUUCUGUGUUUGGAUGGAGGGUUUUGGUUUAGAAACCAGAAUCCUAUCACUUGUUUAGAUAAAUAAAAGAGGUGAAAAAUAAUGAGAAAUAACAGAAAUAUACAAUGUAUAGUUUGUCUCUCACCAGCCAUGGUGAGAUUUGGUGAGAAGACAUUAUCCUUUCUUUUAUUAACUGAUUGCUUCAAUCCAAACAGACUGUUAAUGCA